UGUUGACAUGAGGCUGACGAUAGUUCAGAUGAGUGAGCCCAGCAGCGUUGAAGUGGGAGGCUCGUGUGCACGUGAGGGCCUGGUCACGCCCCUCAUUCACUGUUAGAGGGCUCGGACUAUUUUCGUGAUGGCCCGACAACACUGGAAGUUUUGGAGCCCCUUCCGCUCCACAGAACUAGGAAGCAAUCAGGAGUCUGUGGAGCUGCAAAGAAUGAUUGACGACGAACCACGGUGUUGUGGCGGCCGGCUGUGAGCGCGGCCAUGGCGCGCCAGGUGCUCAGUGUGGACGACCCCACGUUCCGCGCCACGCCCGCCCAGCAGAUGCUGGCCUCCUGCUCCGGCGCCGUCCUCACCAGCCUCACCAUGACGCCGCUCGACGUCGUCAAGAUCCGGCUACAGGCGCAGCAGCGCGCGCUCACCGCGCAGCGCUGCUUUCUCUACUGCAACGGCCUCAUGGACCACCUCUGCCUUUGCGUGAACGGCCAGGGCGGGCCGCCGGCGGCAGCAUCGUCAUGCGCCGGCGCGCCGGCCGCGCGCUGCCCGGCCGUCGAGACCAGCUGGUACCGGCGACCGGCACCGCCAGCCUUCACGGGCACGCUGGACGCGGCCGUCAAGAUUGCGCGCGCCGACGGCGUGGCAUCUCUCUGGAGCGGCCUCUCGCCCACGCUCGUGUCGGCCAUCCCUUCGACGGUCGUGUACUUCGCCACGUACGACCAGACGCGGCUGCUGCUGCGCGACCGUUGGGGCACGCCGGCGGUGCCGCAGCCGGCGUGGGUGCCGAUGGUGGCGGGCGCGGCGGCACGCGUCUGGUCCAGUACGCUUGUCGCACCGCUCGAGCUCGUGCGCACGCGCAUGCAGGCCACUCGCAUGCGCUACACGGAGGUGGGCGCGGCCGUGCGCCAGCUGCUGCGCGAACAGGGCCCGCGCGGCCUGUGGAAGGGCCUGACGCCCACGCUGAUCCGAGACGUGCCGUUCUCAGCGCUCUACUGGGGCAGCUACGAGAGCCUCAAGCUGGCAUUCAACCAACAGACACCCUCGCCGCUGUUCAGCUUCGUCGCCGGUUCGUCGGCCGGCACGCUCGCCGCCGUGCUCACGCUGCCGUUCGACGUGGUCAAGACGCAUUGGCAGAUCGAGUUCGGGGAGCGCGUGCUCGGCGGCGAGCCUACGCGCGCGGACACCGGCGUGGCCGUCGCGCUACGCGACAUCUACCGGCGCGCCGGCGUGCGCGGCCUGUUCGCCGGCCUCGUGCCGCGUGUCGUCAAGGUGGCGCCCGCUUGCGCCAUCAUGAUCACGAGCUACGAGGGCGGCAAGGCGUUCUUCCUGCGGAGGAACGAACGGCUGGCGUGCGAAGCCGAGCGCCGGUGAUGGCGGCGACGGCGGGCGGCGCGCCGCGGUCCGCGUUCUAGCGGACCGGUCGGCGGCGGCUCCGGCCACGCCUGUGCUACAGACCCGUUGGGCAGAGGGGUGCGGCGAGAUUAGAAGGGGAGACAGCCGGCGGAGGCUAAGAGUGAGUCAUUGUGCGCUAUUGGCUGGACUGGACGGGUGUGGCGGUCGGUGUACGGAGCUGACGGUGCUCAGGUGGCUAUCGUAGUGAGGUAUUCGCCAUGUAAGGGCAUAGUGGGCUGUGCAGGUGGUCCUCCACAGAGGGAUCCCCUGUGAUUGUGAUUCGGUUCUAGUUCCGGUGAGUUAGGAAUGUUCACAGGCCAUAAUAUGCUA